AUGGCCGCUCCCCAAGAAAAACAUAUUCAUGACAUCAAUGGAUCUUGGUCACUUAACAAACGCCUCUCGGACUCACUUAAACAUGUCCUCCGACUCCAGAAUGUGAAUUGGCUUCUACGGCGCGCGAUAUCUUUUGCAGAUGUAACUAUACACGCAACUCAAUCAAAAGAUGAAAAUGGGCUGGUUACCAUCAUGAUGGAUCAUGUUGCGGGCGUGGGACUCGCGCUCACGACCGAGAUUAGAAGGUUAAAUUGGGAUACGCGAGAACAUAAAGAUUGUAUAUGGGGCAACAUACGGACACGAAGCAGAUAUAUUCCCACCGCAAAUAUAGAAGAAGGAGAGAAGUUCCUGAAAUCGGGAUGGCUAGAGGAGACGGUAUCGGGUGAUUGCAUACAAGAUAAAACUGAAUCCUCGACUGGUUCUUGGUCAAGUGUUACAGUAUGGGGGUUUGAACAGAUCAAAGGCGAGCGAAGAUUGUCAAGGCACAUUCUUGUUCGAAAGGGAUACGAGAUUGCAACGGCUAGACUGGUCUAUGACUAUAUAGGCCCUAUACACCACGUGUAGUAGAUCCUAAGAUGGAUAUAGCACUGAUGAAUUUACGGUACUGGAAGUCUCGGGCAAUCCUUCACGGUGCUCACGGCGUAUAUUCUCGGAAAGGAUACGAGAAAAAAGGUGCAGCCGGAACUGUCAUCAAGGUUUCGAUUUCCGACAUCAAUACGAUGAUAUUGUUCGUCAUCGGAAGCAGAGUGUUGGGCUCCUUGGAUGAUCAAAAAGAUUCCGUUUUAUGUAAAAUAGCAUAGUAAAUUUUUAAUGAUUCACACUAUUGUGACCCUAUCUAUUGUUGUCAGACGCCAGUGCAAUCUCAAAUA